AUUCUAGAGAAAAGCGGAAUCUGAGAAGACAUCAUCUGGAAUAAAGCAUUUAGCUGAAAAAAAGCAUCUAGCUUCAAAAUUUAUUUUUAAAGCAGAUUCUGAUUUAAAACAUUGUAAUAUCUCAUCGAUUUCUGUUUACAAAUAUUGAACAAAUAUUUAUUCCUAUUUAUACAGAACCAGUUCCGAUCUAUAAAGAUUCAUCUUUUUGUAAAUUUUACUGACAUCUGGAAUUAAUACAAUUUAUAAAGAAAACUUACUUUAUAAAGAAAACCGUUUUUCCGUCUAAAAACACUGCAAAGAGGAUUCUUUUUAAUCACGACUGAGACGUUUGGACAGCUUUCAAGGAUGAAAGAAAUUUCAAAAACGGAGAUGAGCCGGCUGAACGUCGGACAGGAUGAAGACAGCGUUAGUUCAAAUAGCAAUGAAUUCAGCAGUUACCAGGACUGUCCCACCAAGAAAGCCCCGAUUGGCAGUCAAUUUGACGAUGCUGAGAGCCAGAACUUCCUUCCAGACUACCACCUGGACAAGAAGAAAUAUGUUACAGAUUAUGAUCCUGGCUCAGCCUCCUUUGGGAUGUCUGUCUUCAACUUGGGCAACGCCAUUAUGGGGAGUGGCAUCUUGGGUCUGUCCUAUGCCAUGGCCAACACAGGCAUUGCACUUUUUGUGAUUCUGCUGGUGGCUGUGUGCAUAUUCUCCCUCUACUCAGUUCAUCUGCUGCUUAAAACUGCCAAUGAAGGAGGCUCUAUGGUGUAUGAGCAGUUGGGCUAUAAAGCGUUUGGGAUGCCAGGCAAGCUGGCUGCGUCGAUCUCCAUCACUAUGCAGAACAUUGGAGCCAUGUCAAGCUACCUCUUCAUUGUGAAGUACGAGCUGCCAAUUGUGAUUCAGUCAUUUGUUGGAGAGAGCAAUGAGGAGUGGUAUACCAACGGAGACUACCUGGUUAUGAUUGUGUCUGUGGCGAUCAUUCUUCCCCUGUCACUACUGAGGAACUUGGGUUAUCUUGGUUACACCAGUGGCUUCUCUCUGCUCUGCAUGGUCUUCUUCCUGAUCGUGGUGAUCUACAAGAAGUUCCAGAUCCCAUGCCCCCUAACCAACGAUAUCCUCAAUGCAACUAUAAACGCCACGGUGGCCCAGAUCACGACUCAGAACAUGACUGUGACUGACUACAGCGCUGACACAUGCACGCCCAAAUACUUUGUCUUCAACUCACAGACUGUGUAUGCUGUGCCCAUCCUGACAUUUGCUUUUGUGUGCCACCCAGCCAUUCUGCCCAUGUAUGAGGAGCUGAAAGAUCGUUCUCGCAGAAGGAUGCAGGGUGUGGCCAACGUCUCCUUUCUGGGAAUGUUCAUCAUGUACCUGCUGGCCGCUCUCUUCGGCUACCUGACCUUCAACGAGCACGUGGAGCCUGAGCUGCUGCACACCUACUCCAAGGUGUACAAGGCGGACGUGAUCCUGCUGAUCGUCCGACUGGCUGUCCUGACCGCUGUGACCCUGACUGUCCCCGUUGUGCUUUUCCCCAUCCGUACCUCUGUCAACGCCCUUUUGUGCGCCUCCAAGGAGUUCAGCUGGAUUCGCCACACCAUCAUCACCAUGGUGCUGCUGAUUGGCGUUAACAUCCUGGUCAUUUUCGUGCCCACCAUCCGUGACAUCUUUGGCUUCAUCGGGGCCUCUGCUGCUGCUAUGCUCAUCUUCAUCCUGCCCUCGGCUUUCUACUUAAAACUGGUCAAGAAGGAGUCCAUGAAGUCCAUGCAGAAGAUUGGGGCAAGUAUCUUCCUGGUCAGUGGCUUCAUCGUCAUGAUCGCCUGCAUGACGCUCAUCGUUCUCGACUGGAUCCACGCAGCAACUUCUACCGAGCCACGCGCCGACGGCGGUCACUAGUGGGCGCUGGCCUCGGAAGGGUAGAAGCACUACAGACACACCUGCUGGGAACAAGAGGUCGGCACCUAACUGCUCAGCCCCUUCAGAUGAAUCAACAUAAAAGAUCCGACCGCUUAAAAACUGCUACGGUAACAAAGAAAGCUGAAGAGGAAGAGGAAGAGGAAGAUGGUGAUGAAUAGUGUUGCUCUCGUAUGACAGCACAGAGCAGAAAAAACUAUACCAUUCUGAAAGAAUGUCCUGAACUUUGUACAGUAUGCUGUUAGGCCACAAAGUUGGUAUUAUGACUUUUUUUUACUUUACAUGCUUUAUUGUCAUUAUUUUCAUUUUUGUUUCAUUGUUUAUUUUUUGUGUUGUGAUGUUUUUUUCUUUAUUUGUUCAUUUUUUAAGUAGUUCUGGUACGGUUUUAUCCUAUGAUGGUGCCUCACUCAAAGAUUGUAGUCAACUUUUGUAGACAUUGCAGCACGCAUUCAGGUGAUUAUCUGAAUGUGGGCCUUUUUUGUCUUUAGUGUUCUGGAUUGGCUUUGAGUUGGAUGACAUAACCCAAGCCAGUGUGAGCCUGGUACUCCAAAGAGGCAACAGCAUUGAACGCAGAUCGCACACUCUCAAGGCAAAACAACAGAAUUUGUCAUCUUUUUUUACGGUUGCCAAAACUAUUUCUUACUGGUGUUUGUAUAUUUAAAAGCACUUAGUAUUCAGCACACAUGUGAAGGUUUGUCAGCGCACACAGAUUGCUAGACAAGAUGAACAGUAUUUGUUGCAAGGUCUUUUUGACCUUGUUGACCAACUUUACCUGUAAAUUACUCCAAUUACGAAAUGAUCAAAAACCUGCUUAUUCAUAGUCGCUCACUGGAAGCUGGGUGUGAAAUAGCCAGUGAUUUUUCUUUUCUUAAAUAACUGUAUCUCACUAUGUAACCUUAUCCAUCAAUCAGGCAGAAACAAAUGUUGAAUACUAGUUGCUCAAAGUUUAAGACUGGACACGUUUGCUGUUAGAACUCCCACCAAGUGUGGAGCACUACUUAUUUCUUUAAGGAACAGUGACUCCUUUAAAGAAAUUUACGUUUUUUAUUAUUUAAGCCACAUGCUGUGGUUGUAAUGUACCUGUACAACUUGCAACGGAAAAAAAGAAAGACUCUGUGCUUUUUCUUAACUGUAAAACCGCACAUAACCAAAAGGAGGGUACGUUACACUGACUCCCGAGCAGGGCUCUAUCCCCUGCAAGUGAGGCAUCACCGCAAGUUUGUCACCAUUGCAGUGUUUACUGUUGGCAGCUUCUCAUUUUUGGAACACUCAAACGGAGAGGGAGGGGGAAAAAACAACGAACAGAGCUUGAUGAGAACACGUCAUGUCUGCUUGUCACCUUGUUGUCUGCUGCUUGUGCCCAGAAAUGUCAUUUUUGCAGGCACAUCGGGGAGUGACCUUUUAUUGUGCUUCCAGUUGCUAACCUCAAACGACAAAUGUCAUCCAAAAUGUUACUGUCCAGCAUUAUUUAUGAGAGAACAUCAAUGUAAUUUAAUCUAUUUUACUAUAUUUAUAUAAUGUACAUAUCUGUAAAUAAGCUUUAUUUUGUUUGAGCUUUUUUCAUUUUAGUGGCAGUUUAAAAAAAAAAGACUUUUGAGAGCUGUCAGAACAUGUCACUGUAGUCUUGUCAUGCCCAAAUUAACAUGCCCCCUAAACUGAAUCCUACCUAAAAGUCAAUGGACGUGGUUUACAUCAGUCAGUUGAUGUGCUGUUCGUCAAGCACGAUGGAUCGGCCCAGCACACUUUGUUCACUGUUAAAAUGCUGUACUCCUCUGUAAGGGCCACCGAGAGUUUGAAAGCUAUCUCAUGACCGUGUAAAGGAGAGGGCAUCCCUACAAGUGCUACACUCUUGUUUCAAUGAAACACUAUGUAUAUCCUGUAAGAAUUGUCAAUUAAAAAGUCCAAGAUAACCAAA